AUGAUAAGUUCCAAGAAUGGCAAAUGUAUAGUUAACCACUCAAGUUAUCCAAAUGAAGAAGAGUUAAUUUUGUUACCCGGUACACGAUUGAAAGUUGUUGGAGAUCAAUUUGAACUACACGGUCUCCACGUAAUUCAUUUAGAAGAAAUAGAACGAUAUGAGGAAUCGACCAAAUUACCGUCCAUCACUUGCAAUAAAAUUAGUCCACAGAAACAUACGUACAACACAUCGCACGAUUACCAAUCCAACUUUUCUACUGAACUAACAACACCUAAACUCACUUUGUAUUCAGGUAUUACUUCAUCUGCAGAUUUUCUUCCACAAAUCAAUACAAGCUCAUUUAAUGCAUUACAUUCAAAUGCAAGUGUUAUCAAAGUGUCGACAGAUCCUAAGUCAACGACAAAGUUUCCCAACGGAGAUACAUAUUACGGACAGGUAAUAAACGGCAAGAAGCAAGGUGAGGGCACAUAUAAAUGGGUAAAUAGCGGUGAAUACAAUGGGGAAUGGCAAGACGAUAAAUUCCAUGGACAAGGUACUCGAAUAUGGGCAUCGGGAGACAAGUACAUUGGUCAAUGGGUCGAUGGCAAGAAACAUGGUCGUGGAACCUGCAUUUGGUCGAAUGGAAAUCAAUAUGAAGGUGAUUGGAGAGAUGACAAGCGGACAGGAAAAGGUAUUUGGAGAUCGAAAGAUGGGAAUCAGUACAAAGGAGAACAUGUAGAUGGAGAAAGACAUGGUAGAGGUAUUUAUACAUGGUCUGACGGUUCAACUUAUAAGGGACAAUGGAAGAAUGGUAACAUGGAAGGAAAAGGGGUUCGCAUCUACUUGAAUGGAGACGUUCAUAAUGGCUAUUGGAUGAACGAUAAAAAACAAGGUAUGGGUACUUUUACGUGGGUUUCUGGUGAGAAAUAUGAAGGUCAAUAUCAUAAUGAUAUGAAACAUGGACAUGGUAGCUACACAUGGCAGAAUGGAAAUAAAUACACUGGGGAUUGGAAGGAGGAUCAGAGAACAGGGAAAGGUACUUUUAUUUGGACUGACGGAGCGAUAUAUAUUGGAGAUUUCGUGGCCGGUGAACGGACCGGAACUGGAGUACAAACCUGGACAUCAGGUGACAAAUAUGAGGGCCAAUAUCGAAAUAAUCAAUUGCACGGCUUCGGCAAAUAUACUUGGGCUGACAAAGAUCGUUAUGAAGGAUCAUGGGAGAAAGGUAAUCGACACGGACAAGGAAAAAUGUUUUUUACUGGUGGAAACCAAUAUGAAGGUGAUUGGAAAGAUGACAAGCGGACAGGAAAAGGUAUCUGGAGAUCGAAAGAUGGUGAUCAGUACAAAGGAGAAUAUUUAGAUGGAGAAAGACAUGGUAGAGGUACUUAUACAUGGUCUGAUGGUUCAACUUAUAAGGGACAAUGGAAGAAUGGUAACAUGGAAGGAAAAGGAAUUCGCACCUACUCAAACGGAAAUGUUUACAAUGGCCACUGGGUGAACGAUAAAAAACAUGGCAGGGGUACUUUUACAUGGGUUUCUGGUGACAAAUAUGAAGGUCCAUAUCAUAAUGAUAUGAAACAUGGGCAUGGUAGCUACACAUGGCAGAAUGGAAAUAAAUACACUGGGGAUUGGAAGGAGGAUCAAAGAACGGGGCAAGGUACUUUUACAUGGGCUUCUGGUGACACAUAUGAAGGUCAAUAUCAUAAUGAUAUGAAACAUGGGCAUGGUAGCUACACAUGGUCGAAUGGAAAUAAAUAUACUGGAGAUUGGAAGGAGGACCAGAUGACGGGGCAAGGUACUUUUAUUUGGGCUGAUGGAACAACACGGGUGGGCCAGUGGAAAAAUGGACAGCAAUGUUAA